AGACAAAACACCACGGAUGAGAUGAAGGUAGAUCACAGUUACUUGGCCAGUCCGUAUCACGAAGGGAUGGUGGCAGGCCUACCUUUGAUCGCUACUAAGAUUGAGUCAUGCGUAUCUUCCAAAGAACAGAUUCGUGUGAUGAUCGUUGGGCUUGGUGCUGGAUUGCUCCCAAUGUUUCUGUACAAGCAUUUUCCCUUCAACAGCAUUGAGGUAGUGGAGCUGGAUCCAGUUGUUGCUGAUUUGGCAAAGCGUCACUUUGGAUUUGUGGAAGACGAUCGCAUGCAGCUGAGACUUGGAGAUGGAUUAGCCGCUGUCGAUGCUAUAGCAAAACUUGAGGUAUGA